UGACGUAGUCACAACAUGCUCACUCUACCCACUCUAACCGCCGUGGGUGAGGGUCAAAGAGGUUUUGUUCCCUGCUGCAGGACUGUCCGUCAGGCAUAAUCCGCCCCUUCCAUUGGUGUUAAAACUGGUGACGUAUGUGUCCAAGUGUGAAAAACGCUGAACAAUAUGUAAUAUUAGUCUCUUGCUUUAAGCAUGUCCCGUAACGGGAGAUAAAGGAGCACCAUGGAAGGAAUGUUGUACAAAUGGACCAACUACUUAAGUGGUUGGCAGCCACGAUGGUUUGUACUAGAAGGAGGGACUUUGUCAUACUAUGACUCUGAAGAUGAUGCUUGGAAGGGAUGCAAAGGCAGCAUCAAAAUGUCUGUGUGUGAAAUACAAGUUCAUACAGAUAAUACAAGGAUGGAUUUGAUCAUCCCAGGAGAACAGUGCUUUUACCUAAAGGCAAUAAAUGCAGCUGAAAGGCAAAAAUGGUUAGUCGCUUUAGGGACAGCAAAGGCCUGUCUAACAGAUAGUCGAACAAAAAAAGAAAAAGAAGUAUAUGAAAAUACAGAAGCACUGAAAAAGAAAAUGUCUGAGCUCAGACUGUACUGUGAUCUUCUUCUUCAGCAAGUUAAUACAGUUAAGGAAUGCCCAGUACCAGGAAGAUUGGAGUCUAACACAGUCAUUGAUGGGCAUAUUGAUAUGGCAACACUUGUCAAAUCAACGUGCAAUACUUUCUUGAAGACCCUGGAAGAAUGCAUGCAGAUUGCAGAGAAACCUUUAAUGGCAGAACUUUUAUGUCAGACACCCCCAGGCUCCCCACCUGUGACAGCUAUCAAACCCAGCAAGGUCAAGCACAGUAACCCAGCCAGCUUCAGUGCUACUGAAAGAUGGAAAGAACUUAAUAAUAAUCUUGGCAGCUCUGUUUCCUUGGGGAAGCAUAAAUCUAUACAAGAAGUAAAAAGGCCACAAAUCGACAAUUUAAACUCUUGGUGCUACUGCUACAGUAGUAAAGAUUUGGUACCUGUGAAACUGACGGAUUGUGUCAAGUAUACAGAGGAAUCAACAGAAAUUGAAUUAUCAAAUGAUACACAGUGGGCUGCUGACUUGUUCUGUAAAGAAGAAAUGUCUAGAAAAUCAACAGAGUCAGCAUUAUCAGCUGAGGAGUUUAGUGAUGUGCUGGUGGCAGAGGCUGUUACAGAGGAGGAUGAGGAAGAGGAGCAAAUUGAAACUUUUUUUAGUGCCAUGGGCCACAGAUUUAGUGAUAUAAACUUAGAAGAGGAAAAUGGCAUCCCAACAGAACCAUUUUUGGAAUCAUGUUAUUCAAUAGUUCCAGUAUUAGAUAAACUGGGGCCCACAGUUUUUGCACCUGUUAAAAUAGAUUUUGUAGGUAAUAUAAAGAAAAUCCAACAGAAAUAUAUAACAGAUACUGAGAAAUUCAAAACCUUGCAGAAGAUAGUUCUUUAUGAAGUUGACACUGGAGUGGCUCAAGUUAGAAAUUCAGCAACUGAAGCACUUCUCUGGUUAAAAAGGGGAUUAAAAUUCUUAAAAGAAUUUCUGGGAGAGGUAAAUCAAGGAGAAAGAGAUAUCCAUAAUGCACUAAAUAAUGCUUACGGUAAGACAUUACGGCAGUACCAUGGAUGGGUGGUGAGAGGAGUCUUUGCUCUGGCAUUAAGAGCAGCUCCUACAUUUGAUGUCUUUACUGCAGCACUUGUCUCCAAUGAAGGUGAUGAAAAGAAAAAAAGCUUUUUUCAAGGAAUGCACCGAGAUCUUAAUACCUAUUUGCCAGCUAUGGAAAAUCAGCUUGGAAUUCUUGAUGCAAUUUAUGAAGAAUAUGGUUUAGAGUCGGAUGAAGUUGUAUGAUAUUUGGAAAAGCACAGUGACUUGAAAUGUUUGAACAAAAUUAAUAUAAUGCGUGUUUCAUUCCUGGGUAUUCCAUUUUGUAUUUUAAAGAGUUGAGCAUGGUUUUCAGUGAGAGGACAUUAUGCACCUAACAUCCUUUAAGAAGAAGACCUACUGGUAGUCCAAGGUACGCAUUAUCUGUUCUAGUUCCACAGUUUUGUAGUGAUGGUAUUGAAAUGGCAUGAAAAAACUGUUCUGCACAAAAAAGUAUUUGUAAAAUUACUACAUGUAUACACCAAGAAUAUAACGUAUUGUAUUUUGUACAACAGUGAUAACUAUAAAAAAAAAUCAAUCCAUUGGUUUGGAUUCCCAUUAUAAAUAUUUGCAUUCAUUUGCACAUCUAAGGAUAUGAUAAAACAUUAAAAAAUGUAAUUUGUCUUAUUAAAAUCAUAUUGAUUUGUCAUUUAAAAUGGUGCAUUGAAGAAAUACAGUAGUGCCUUUCAAUUAGGAGUGUACACUUCUAGUUUAUGGUGGUUGCAUUUCUUUUAAAAACUGGGCAUAUAUUGUACAAAUAUGUCUAGCAAGUAAUAUAAUACACAAGUUACUUUCCCAAAGAAACAAAAUAUGUAAUUAGGAGUCAUGUUUUCUUUUUUUCUUACUAAACUUCUUGAAUGUGGCAGCAGUAGUUAUUUUAACAGUAAUUUUACAAUUUACACCAGAUGAUUAACACGUAAGUAUAAAUUGUAUGUUGCCCCCUAUUCAAAGCUGCCCCUUUAUAAUAUUGAUUUAGAACACUAGUGAGUAAUUGUGCACUGUAUACCCAGUUUAGGGAAGAUUUUAUUUUGCAGCGUUCUUUGGAUCUUUGAAACAAACACUGGACUUUCUUGUGUACUACUGCAGUAGAUGACAUUCCAGAUAUAGCCCACGCUUGAAGUGAAUGUACCAAAGUGGGUUGAGGGCAAAACACCAAAUUAAUAAAUGUGGUGCUGACCUAUGUUGUAUUUA